AUGCCUAGUCGCGCGGUUCUUCGCAAAAAGGCACGGCGUGACGCAAAGCGCAGCAAGCGCGAGACUGAGGCCGCGGCGACUUUCGCUGUCGCCACGCCGUCGCCUUCGGACGAACAAAAGCAGCAGCAGCAGCAACUGCUCUCUGAGAGACGGAGGGAAGGGAUACGGCCGGCAAAGGCAACAUCAAGGAAACGCCCCUUUGCCGCAGUAGAAGAGAAUACUGUGGAGACGCCUGAGUCGGCCGAGGGGAUGAGCCGAAAGGAGAGGAAACGUUCGGAGGCUAGACGCCGAUUGGAGCGCCAGCUCGUCAAACUCAACGCAUCCUUGGCAAAUGAAACCGAUAACACCACAGCAGCCGCUGACGACAACAAAGAUAACGGAGGCCAAGACGGUGAAGGGGAUGUGGCGCCUUCUCUGCACAACAGGGCACUGCGGCACGACCCAAAGUUCAAGAACGGUACAUUUUGGCGCACGCGAAAGGAGCAGCGGGCGCGGACUCUCUUCCUCGGCAACAUGCCCGCUAGAUUCACUCUGCAGAACGUCAUGGACUUUGUCUCCUCGGUGGUCGACGCUGACCCCGUGCUCGGGGAUGAGACGGGGGACGACGCGGCAGAAGCGGUGGUGGAGUCGGUCGACUUCCUCCCAACGAAGCCGCGGGCGAAGCACCGCCACAUGUUUCUCACACUCCGCUCAAAGGAAGCCGCGGCGCACGUCACCAAUCUCCUGGACGCGUACAGGCUGGAGGGCACCGUUCUGCGGUGCAACUUUGCUGCAGACAAGCAGCAGCGCAGUGAAGCCAUUCAACGCCGCUCGGGGAAGACCGGUGACGGUUCUUAA